GGGGGAGUGUUCACUCGGACGUCGAUGCGAUAACACGUGUUUUAUCGACUGUACUGAGACUUUUUUGCCGCACGUCUAGUGCACCUUUUUAUUUUCUCAAACGGAAUCUAUUCUCUGAAUAGAUAUUACAAAAUGGACAAAGUACGAAAGAAUACGCUCAAGGUAGUUUUCGCGAGUGGACUCCGGGCACCUGCUCAUCUGGAUGUGAUCCGGUUCACGGCAAAUGUGCUGAAAAUUCCCGCACCAGAGGUACACACGAUCUACAAGGAUGAAAACGACCGCUGUUUUUACAUCAAGUUUCUGGACGAGCCGGACUUUAAUUGUUUUGUAUCGGGAAUUGAGGAGCAGUACCGUUUUGAGUAUGGAGACGGAGAAUCAACGUUUGUAAAACUCGAAGUUGCCAGUCAGCUAUUCAGGUACGUGAGGAUUUUCAACCUCCCUCCGGAGGUGGACGACCGGGACAUCGCCGCGGCUCUUGGCCAAUUCGGGACGAUACGACAACACGUUCGUGAGCGCUACCCUUCUGACUACGGUUACGCGGUGUUCAGUGGAAUUCGCGGUGUCCACAUGGAAAUAGCCAAGGAGGUCCCUGCCAACCUGUACAUCGGUCACUUCAAGGCGCGUCUGUACUAUGAGGGGUUGAAGAACAGAUGCUUUUUCUGCAAGCAAGAAGGGCAUAUGAAGGCCGAUUGCCCCAAAGCGAAGAGUAUGAAGGUUUCUGCAACGGCAGGAUCAUACAGCGGAAUAGUAGCCGGCGCCCUUGCGAACAAUCGGUCAAAAUCCAAUGAUGGCGCAUCUCAAUUGAAGAUGACGCCAUUGCAAUCGAGAAACAAUGGAACUGCUUCGAAAGCAAGCGAACAUCCCGUGAACCAACCUGGAACAUCAGGAGGAACAAUUUCGAAAACGAAGACAACGAGUUCAUCUGUAUCAACACACCAGGAGAGCGAGAGCAUGGAUGCUGCCGAUAUCGCUCUUGAGCAAAAUAGGGAUACUGUCGAGGCAUCGGAAGGCUACAGUGGAUCAUCCAGCAAGGUAUCACCAAGAAGCACACGCUCUCGGAGCAAAAAACAAACUGUAGAACGAAUGGAACAACUGCUGUCACAAUUGUCUGGUAGAUCAAGGUCUCGGAGUACGGGUAAGCGCAGAGAAAAAGCGAAAGGUAAGGAGAGCGGAGAUCAAGCAUAGUGCUUGUCUCUGAAGAUAAAUCUGUAGAGCAGUAUAGGUGAGUGCAGCGUGUUUAUCCGGAACUCACCAAUCAAAAUGUGAACAAUCCAUGCCGUUUAUUCGUAAUGUUGGUACAAUCAACCUAAAUGGGAUUAACUCUCAGGUCAAAAAGUCACUUUUAAAAGAUUUCAUAUGGAAUCACGAUCUUGAUAUAAUCUUCAUUCAAGAGCUCGCUUUCGAAAAUUUUGCGUUUAUAGGUAGUCAUACGGCCAUAGUCAACAUCAGCGAAGACAAAAAAGGAACUGGAGUCCUUUUGCGUAAUAACUUGAAGUACUCAAACGUUAUACUGAAUAUCAAUGGUCGAAUCACGUCAUUAACGGUCGAUUCGGUGAAUUUCAUUAACAUCUAUGCACAUUCGGGUAGCGGUUUUAGAAAGGAAAGAGAGAAGUUAUUUCGUGAAGAUGUACUCAUUCAUCUUGUCCAUGGCGUAGAAAAUGUGUUGGUGGGAGAUUUUAACUGUGUGUUGAAUGGAGAUGACAUGUUGGGAUCGGUGAAAAAUUUUUGUGGUGGCCUUAGAUCGUUAGUAGAAUCUCUCGAUUUAAAAGAUGUGGAAAAAGUAAUUUUGAAAAAGCAUGCAAACUACACUUUUGUAAGAGGUGCAUCCAAGUCUCGAUUAGAUCGGUUCUACGCAUCAGAGCGUAUGAUUCAUUCGGUACGGGAAAUCAAAACGAUUCCGUUGUCUUUUUCUGAUCAUCACAGCGUUAUUCUUAAACUUGAUGUUACUAAGAACCAGGAGGUGAUUUUUACUGGCCGUGGAUAUUGGAAAUUGAACCCGUUUUUUUUUUGAACCAUGACGAUAUCAUGGAGAGAUUUGCAAACAUGUACACUAAUCUGAAAAACCGCAAUUCGUAUAACAAUCUAAAUUUCUGGUGGAAUAACGAUUUCAAGUUUAACGUUAAAAAGUUUUUUAAGAGUGAAUCGUUUCACCGUAACCAAGAAAUUAAUAGAGAAAAAAGUUUUUACUACAGAUGUUUAGAUGAACUGUUUAUAGAACAAGCAAAUAACAAUCCUGUUGAUAAUGAAAUGAAAAUCGUCAAAUCAAAGCUGAUGCAAAUCGAGCAGAAGAAAUUAGAAUUUUACAAAGGAACGUUCCACAACGACAAUGUUCUACAAGAUGAAAAAUUAAGUUUAUUUCAAAUCGCAUCCAGAUUGAAAAAAUCAACUCCAUCGUCCGCAGCCGUCUUGCGAAUCAACGGACAACUAACUUCCGAGGCCAGAGUUUUGAUGGCCGGCAUUUUCGAUUAUUAUACUAACACAUUCAAAAAGCAAAACAGUGAUUUGGUCGAUCAUGAUAGUGCAUUGAGUUCAGUAAGAUUAUUUUUAACUGACGAAGAUAAAGAAACUUUAAGUAAACCAAUUGAAAUGUCAGAACUUGACGACGUUGUACGAAAUGCGUCCAAAAAUUCUUCACCGGGUCCGGAUGGAUUAUCAUAUGCUUUUUAUCGAAAAUGCUAUGAUAUACCGUCCCUACACAGUUAUGGAUCACACACAGUUACGGAUCACUUUGAUGUUUAAAGUCGAAUAUCUUGCUCAAAACAUAUAUUUCGGCACGAAAUUCAUUUUUGUAUCAUGAUCCUAUUUGUUUUCUGGGAUAAAAAGUCAUUUACAAGAGUUCCAUCUAAAAAUAAAAUGUAUUUUAAUUCAACGAUAGUGUUGUCCUCUCACAUCUGCCAGUAAACAGCCGAAUUCCAUAAGAAGCUACUCUUGCAGCGGUAAGCUCUAAAAGUGUCGAAAUCCAUCAAUUUUGAUAUAAAAAUCGCUCGUACACGUUGGAUAAGAUAUAUAUGUAUCUAUUAAAAGAAGUUUUGUUUUAUUCUGGGAUUCAAAUACUAAAAUAAUGUGACUUUCAACAGCGAUCCAUAAUGUGACCCAAAAACUGAUCGUUUGACGCUAUUAUGGAUCACUUUAAACAAAUAUAGAUUUUUGCUCCACUCAACGCUCUUGAUACAAUAUUCUUACCUUAAAGUAUCAAAAGUAUCAUUAAAAAACAUGUUAUCUUGAAAACCAGGUGUCUUGAAACACAGAGUUGUAAAAAUAACAUUUAAAAUGGAGAGCAUCACUGAAACCUAGUGGCGCACCUCUAUCGAAGUAAAUGGAUUCGGGACUUUUUAAUGUUUUCUCUUUAUUCCUGUAGUAAAAUUGGGUACUCCAUCAGUAAAAUAAUCAAUGCACUGCGAAGUUUAGCCUUACAAACGCAAAUUUAUUAUUAAAGUUGGAAUUUUGAGUAAUUUUGCACUGAUCCAUAAUAUGGCAAAAAUUGAUCCAUAAUGUGUGGGACUUUGUGGAACUGAUCCAUAAUAAGGCAUUUUGUAAACAGUGAAAUAUUCCUUUUUUACGCGGAAAUGACUUGCGAUUAUACUUCAAAUGGAUCGGGAAUGGAAAGUUCGAAUCAAAACAUAGCCAACGGUGCUUUCAAAGUCGUAGUUUUUGAUUUCUUUUAUUUUUAAUU